UUCCUACCCCAUUCGGCAAACCGCGGCAUAUUCUACGAUGUAAGGUACCAAAAACCGAAGUUUGCCGACUUGUUCCUGCGCACACACCCGUCUGGUUAACGAAGUCGAAUGUUUGUGAGUUAUUUCCCCUUUGUAAUCUCGGCUGGAUAUUAUUGACGAAAUGUCGAAUGUUGGAGAUAUUUGUGGUUAAAUUAAUGGAAUUAAGUUACUGACUGACAAUGUCCAGGCGGUUCAAAUCCUAUUUAUACCGCUCUGACGUGGAGAUGAAAGAAAAGGGCAAGGCGACAUUUCAGUCAUAUGUUGACAAGUCCGAGGAGACUUUGAUAGAUGAAGACAGUGUCAGUAAUGAAGAAGUUGAACAAAAUGCAUCCAAGUUUUUUGAUAAGGAGUUAGAACCUAAUUUGUUACCAGGAGAGAAGAUAAUUAGCUUUGCUAAAUCUGUUUUGAAAUUUGACCCUUUUAUGAAUAAAAAACAAGGAACCUCCGGCCAUCUUUUUGUGACUAAUUUUAAAGUUUCUUUUGUGACCGCCGAUAAAUCAUCUUAUGAGGAAGUGCCUUCUAAAUCAGCAAUAAAACGUCAAAGAAAUAAGUUAAUAGAUGAACAUGAUAUACCUCUAACUAAUAUCAGUAAUAUCUAUCAGUGUAUGUCUGGUUCUAAAAAGAAAAAAAUGACAUCUGGGAAUAUUGUAUCUGGUCAGACAAAAUAUCUAGAACUUUAUUGUAAGGAUUUUCAGAUUCACACUUUUGGAUUUAAAUUUACAAAUAAAGAAGAAGGAAAAGCAAUAGUGAAUGCUAUUGUACAUCACACAUUUCCUACUCGAGCAGACUUACUAUUCGCCUAUGACUUUGGAGAUUGCUUUCAAGAACAAGGUGGUAGUGAAGAUACAUUUCCAGAAUAUAAUUGUUACAAAGACUGGGAAAAUGAAAUGAUUCGACAGAGCUGUAAAGGAUGGAGAGUCACUGAUGUUAAUAAAAAUUAUAAUCUAAGUACAAGUUUACCAGAGUAUUUUGUUGUACCAGGACAGUUAUUAAAUAGUGAUCUAUUACAAGCAGCUGGUCAGUUUCCUAGUGGACGCUUACUGGUGUGGUCUUGCUCUUUACCCGAUGGUAUUAGUUUAUCAAGAAUAUCACAAGUACAACAAGAAUCAGAAUUUAAAAUAUUCGAAGUAAAAAUGUUAAGUGCAAUAAAACAGACUUGUGGCAACUCAAUAGAACCAGAAGUUAUAGAUCUAACUAAAUGUUGCCCUACAAUAAAAGAAAUUCAACAAAGUUAUGAAAAGUUAAGAGAACUCUGCAUGACAGUAUCUAUAAAAGAAUUUGUUACCAAUGAUUUAUCAUGGUAUAGUAAUUUAGACAGUACUCAAUGGUUACAGUCAAUAUGUAAAUGUCUACAGACAACAGAUGAUGUCAAGAAAUUAAUGGUAAAUGGCAAAAAAGAUGUAGUUUUAAAGGAAGAACAAAGUUAUGAUAUAUCUUGUAUUAUAUGUAGUCUAGUACAGAUUUGUCUGGAUCCAUAUUAUAGAACAAUAACAGGUUUUCAACAACUUAUACAACGAGAAUGGAUAGCAUUAGGUCAUCCCUUUCAGAAACGACACAAUCUGAUUGCUGCAACAGAAGCAGAGCAGUCUCCGGUGUUUUUAAUGUUUUUAGAUUGUGUCUGGCAGUUAAUGGAACAAUUUCCAUCUUGCUUUGCUUUCACAGAAACAUACUUAACCACAUUAUGGGACAGUGUUCAUCUUGGUAUCUUCAAAACAUUCCUCUUUGAUAGUUGUCACGAACAGAAGAAGUUUCUUAAAGAAGGCAGAAAAUUGAAACAAGUCAAUUUACCGUCCGUUUGGAAGUGGAAUAUGCAGUUCAGUGAUGAUGACCUCUUAUUGUUCAACAACCCUCUAUACAAUAUUAAAAACUUGAAAAUAGCACAGGAAAUAAAAAAUGGAACCCGAAAGGAAACAGCUCUUGUGCUUCGAGAUAAAUUGUAUGCUAAGAAACUAACUGAAUUAUAUAGAGAUGAUGAUAAACAGUUGUUUUAUGUUAAUGUUGAAGUAUUACAUCCAUCUUACACAUCUGCAGUUAUUAAAUUAUGGAAACAAUGUUAUCUACGCUGGAAUUCCCCAGCCGAAAUAAUAGGGGGAGGUAAUCCUUCCCAGUACCUUCAGCAAUGUCUUUUAGUAGAAGAAAUAAUUGACCUUCAUCAUACAAUGUUAAAAUUGCAGAAAAAACAGUCUCAAAAACGACCCAAAAGUGAACUAAUAUUUCGAAACGAUGGACUCAAAUCACCCACGUUCUUAGAUUCAACAUAUUUAACAUCAUCUUUCCCCUUCACGCCCAAUCCCACCAAUCAGGGUCAGAUGAAUUCAUUUGUGUAUAUGCCUCUGUCUAGUUAUUUACAGCAUAGUAUGAUAGACUAUGAUUAUACAGAUGCUGUAGAGUAAAUGAACCACACGAAAUGUCUCAAUUUGAUGUCAUAUGCACACCCUCUUAUAUUGAUAAAUACAAAUGACUGCAUCCCAUGAUCAUGUAUUUAGAAUGAGAGAAUAAAUGUCGAUGUGUGAUGGGGGUUAUGAACACACAUCUGGCAGAUAAGUGCAUUGGAAGUAUACAAUCAUAUAUUACAACACCAUUUUUUAUCAAAAUCUUUUUUUUUAUAAGACAUUUAUAUCCAGGUUUUUAAUAGCUUGUUACCUCAUAAUUUUAAUUAAGCAUAAUUAGAAAUGAUUCAAUUGAUAUUUUGAUUAUAUUGUUUAGUUGAUGUUUUAAUUACAAGUGAUUCAGAUAUUUUAGUUAUCUAUCAAUCAUUUUCCUACAGUGCAAUUUAAUUAAAUAAUCAUUGAACUGUUCAUAUUAUUUUGAUUUUAUCCUCGUAAUGACCAGACCACUUUAAUUUGGGUUAAACCUAGAUUUUUGAUUUCAUUGGGUUUUGUAUACAUACAUAGAUAAAUCCAGUGUUAAGAUAUAACUGAUUUUGUGUUCCACUGUUGUUAAUACACAAGCCAUCUGCUCAAUCUUCCAUUUCAAAAAUUUAAUCAUAUACAGCUUGUCUCAGCAUUAAUCGAAAUAACACAUCAGAUCAACUGUAUUUGAACCAAAUCCUGUUUUAUAUAAUAUCAAAUUAGUUUCAUAAUAUACCAGGGUUGUUUAAUUUGUGUCAAAAAACUAAUUUAUUGCGACAUAUACCCGUAAUAUGGAUGUAAUUCUUCACAAGAUGAAUAUUAAGAUACAUAUAAACUGUUGAGACUGUCACACAAUAAAACAGUUUAUAUUGUAAAUAAGUGAACUGAUCUCUUCAUUGACGUAGAUCAUAAUAAAAUCAAUGGAUUUUGGAUUAUUGAGAGAAUGUAAAUUUAUAUAUAUUUAUCGUAUACUGGUUAUAUUAUUGUUGAGUAUUUAUUGGAGAUAGUUCUGUAUAUUUUGGGAACCACUAAUACUAAUUUAUAGAUGUACUAAUCCAUUCCCAUCUUUAGUAUUCCUCUUCCACUUUUAAUACCAUUAUAUUGGUAUAUAGCCUUGAAAAAUUGUGUUUUAUGUGUAUGGAAUGUUUACUCACAUGAUUGAAAAUUUGAAAUAAUCAGGAGUUCAUCAAGAUUUUCACAAUAACUGCCCCAGUCUUUAUAGAAAUAAUAAUCUAUCCAUUCUCUGAACUCUAUCCUGUUUCUUGAGAUUAAUAAUUACAUGCACAUCAUCUAUUACAAACUGAAAACCUGUAUUAAGCAGUAUAUUUCAUGCUCAUAAUGAAUAAAAUCUGGAUUUCUCUGAUGACAGCUUAUACUGAUGGAAGGUCACUUGUUAUGAGCAUGUGAAGAUAUAGGUGAUUGUGUAGUGUAGUAGCUCUUCACAUAUUGCUAGGUCAUAAGAUAUUUUGUUUUCACCAAUAAGUAUACUUUUCGCAAGUAAUUUGGAUUUAUUCAUGAAACAAAGAAUGUGUAAAUAGGUUGAACAUCGAAGGAGUAUAUCUUGAAAUAAAUGCAUAGACAUGGAUUUAAGAAAUGAAAUGGGGUUAACGUCCUACUUUUCUGCACAGGCUGGGCUAAUGAAGACUUCAUUUAUAUAAUUUAAAUCCAAUUUUACAGUAUUUAAUUUUGACAAAUUCCUAAAUUUGGUAAUAGAAUUGUAUAUUAAAUUAUGUAAACAUUUAUAUUCAGUAUUUAUACUAGCAUAAAAAUAAAAUAAGUAUUCUUUUGAGAUACUAGAAAAAUCUGUGAUACCAGAAUACAUGUUGAUUACAAUUAAAUUGUAUAUUUAUAAACUACAAAAAGAGAAUUAAAUAAGUUUAAAAUACACAUGUAACUUAUCUAAAGUAUUUUAGUCUCCAAGAAAGGUCAUAAUUUAUGUCAAAUAAAUUCUAUCUCUAGAUUUGUUAAGAAUUA